GGAAAGUUCAAACAAUUUGUGAGUUUUAGUUACAUUUUUAGUUGACCAGAGAUAUGGAUGCCAUGUUUUCUUACCUUCUCUUUCUUGUAACCAUUCUCUCUUUAUUUGCAGGGAGGGGCAUUGCAGACAAGGCUCAGGCAUUCUUCGUGUUUGGAGACUCUUAUGCCGACACGGGAAAUGGCAAUCCAUACAAUCAAAGCGUAAACCAGUCAUGGAGACGACCAUACGGUUUCACCUGGCCUGGUUAUCCUGCAGGCAGAUUUUCUUCUGGAAAAAUUCAGACAGACUUUUGGGGGGAUAUUUUAGGGCUUCCCUCUCCCAUAGCUUAUGAGCUGCGCAGAAGUCAUGACUGUAAUACAAAUGCAAAUAAGAUUAGACAAGGAGUGAAUUUCGCAGUGGGUGGCAGUGGAAUAUUUGAAUCCCUUGGUUUCCCAACACUAGCACAACAGGUGGAACAGUUUAAGGGGUUGAUUCGAGAAAGUCUUGUUGUUUUCGGUUUUAGAAAACUGUGCCGAUCUGUAGUGCUUAUAUCCGUCAGUGGAAACGACUACAUUGCAUACAUUUCUAGCAGAAACGGCUCCACUGAGGGACUGAUCGAUCUGGUGGAGCCUGUGGUUAAUGGGAUAAUCGAUGGUGUGGAAGAAUUGUAUGAAGUCGGGCUUAGGAAUUUUGCAGUGAGUAAUAUUGGUCGUUUUGGAUGCGAGCCUCAGAUCGGCAAGACAUCCUGCAGUUCCAACUUCGAUGACCUUUUGGCCCUUCAUACCAGAUUACUGAGGGAGGGAGUACAAAUCCUCAGAUCGAAUCACAAGCAUUUGUCUAUCAUAAUUACAGACUUGGUGUCUGCAACUAAUUAUGUUUUCUCCAAUCCUCAACAAUUUGGUUUUGUGGAUUUGUUCGUUCCUUGCUGUGCUCAGAAAGGCGGGACUAAUCUGUGUGCAGAGGUGGACCAAGUAGGAAAGCCUUUAUAUGAAGUGUGUUCUAACGUAGAUAGAAAGUUCUUCUGGGAUUUUGUCCAUCCAACACAACGAGGAUGGAAAACGAUACUGUCGCUUUACAGUAAUGGAGCAAAAGUGGAAAAUAUAACAAUCAGUUUUAUAGAUGGGGCACCAAAUCUUAUUGAAUGGCUACACUCGUUGCUUAUAAUAUCUAAAUAAACUUUUGUGGGCAUUU